AUGUUAUUUGAGCGGGGGCCGCGGGCCUCGGCGAUCGCAGAGCGGAGGAUGCAGAAAGCCGCCUACUACGACAACGCGGGGCUCUUCGGGGGCUACUCCUACAGCAAGGCCGACGCCUACCCCUACGGCGCGGCCCACCAGCCCUACGGCCAGGCCGGCCUGGACGGCGAGUACCCCGGCUCCGCCUGCUCCGUCCAGGGCUCGGCGCCCGGCCGCGGCCCGGCCCACAAGGGCAGUGAGCUGAGCGGCAGCUGCAUGCGGACGGCCGGGGGCGGCCCCGGGGGCAGCCAGCCCCCGGGCAUCGGCGAGCAGCAGCCCCCGGCGCUGCCGCCCUCCUCCCCGCCCAACCCUCCCCCCAGCGCACCCCCUCCGAAAAAAGCCAAGGGGGGCCCCAACUCCUCGGGCUCGGCCACCGCCACCCUCAGCAAGCAGAUAUUCCCCUGGAUGAAGGAGUCCCGGCAGAACUCCAAGCAGAAAAGCACCUGCGCCCCCUCAGGAGAGAGCUGCGAGGACAAGAGCCCCCCCGGGCCGGCCUCCAAGCGGGUGCGCACAGCCUACACCAGCGCGCAGCUGGUGGAGCUGGAGAAGGAGUUUCACUUCAACCGCUACCUGUGCCGGCCGCGCCGGGUGGAGAUGGCCAACCUGCUCAACCUGACCGAGCGGCAGAUCAAGAUCUGGUUCCAGAACCGCCGGAUGAAGUACAAAAAGGACCAGAAAGCCAAAGGCAUCAUGCACUCCCCCGUCGGACAGUCGCCGGACCGCAGCCCCCCCCUCAGCGGCCCAAACCACGUCGGCUACUCCAGCCAGCUCCCCAGCGUCAACAGCCUCAGCUACGACGCGCCCUCGCCCACCUCCUUCGCCAAACCCCAGCAGAGCAUGUACGGGCUGGCCGCCUACACGGCGCCGCUGAGCAGCUGCCUGCCGCAGCAGAAGCGCUACGCGGGCGCGGAGUACGACCCCCACCCCAUGCAGAGCGGCGGCGGCGGCUUCGCCAACCCCAGCCUGCAGGGCAGCCCCGUCUACGUGGGGGGCAACUUCGUGGACUCGAUGCCGGCCUCGGGCCCCAUGUUCAACCUGGGGCACCUGCAGCACCCCUCCUCCGCCAGCGUGGACUACAGCUGCGCCGCCCAGAUCCCCGGCGGCCACCACCACGGACCUUGCGACCCCCACCCCACCUACACGGACCUCUCCUCCCACCACACCUCUCAGGGACGGAUGCAGGAGGCGCCCAAGCUCACGCAUCUGUAG